AUGGAAAAAUUUCAAUCAUUUAUAAAAGAUGUGUCUAUAGGAACAAAUUUAUACAAUAAUUCUUACAUGUCUGAUGUUAGAUUUGAGGUGGAAGGAGAAAUAAUGUAUGCUCAUAAAUUUCUUCUAUCAUACAGUAGUGAAAUGUUUUAUACCAUGUUUCAUGGCAGCAUAGAAUUGAAAGAUAGUUGCAUAAAGAUUGAAGAUCUAAGUAAACACGUUUUUGGAAAAAUCUUGAAAUAUAUGUACACUCAUAUUUUUGAUACUAUAAAUGAUCUCGACUCACUAAUACAAACUUUAUACGGAGCUAAAAAAUAUAUGCUUAAAGAUUUGAUCGAUAUAUGUAUUAUAAAAAUAGCAAAUUAUGAUAGAGGAUACACUCAGUAUGAUAAUAAAUUAAGAGGAUACACUCAGUAUGCUAAUUAUGAUAGUGGAUACACUCAGUAUGAUAAUAUAUUUAGAGGAUACACUCAGUAUGAUAAUUAUGAUAGAGGAUACACUCAGUAUGAUAAUUAUUUUAGAGGAUACACUCAGUAUGAUAAUUAUGGAAGACAUAUUACUCAGACCCUUUUGAAAAAUGAAAAAUUCGUAUUUGAUUCGGAUGGUUUCCUUAACUCACCUAUUACUUUAAUAAAAAAUUUUAUAACAUCCUUAGCCAAUACUAAUAAGAAAACAAAGGAAAUUUCUGAAUUUCUCAUUAAAUGGGCUAAAAAUGAAUGUUGCAAGCGCCAAAUUUCCAAUGAUUUAAAGAAUAUUUUGUGCAUAUUAUCGGAUAACCUAUUCAUUUCCUACAUUUUAGAUUCCGAUCUAGUAGCCAUGAUUGAUUUAGUUCGUGAACAAAAAUUAUUAGAUGACACCGAAAUACUUAAAAUUUUGAUUGAAAAAAAAUUUCGCAUUACUUGCCAAUAG